AUGGCGGUGGCGAUCGCGGAGUCUCCGUUCCAUGUCUUGGCCGUGGAUGACAGCGUCCUUGACAGGAAGCUCAUUGAGAGGCUCCUCAAGACAUCUUCUUUCCAAGUUACCACCGUGGAUUCCGGGACCAAGGCUCUCGAGUUCUUGGGGCUCCAUGGCGAGGACGCCUCCAUUUCUUCUGUCCAUGCAGACCAGCUGGACGUCGAGGUGAACGUGAACCUCAUCAUCACCGACUACUGCAUGCCUGGGAUGACAGGAUACGAUCUGCUCAAGAAGAUCAAGGAGUCGUCGUCUUUCAAAGACAUCCCGGUUGUGAUCAUGUCAUCGGAGAACAUACCUUCCAGAAUCAACAGAUGCCUGGAGGAAGGAGCAAAUGAGUUCUUCCUGAAACCAGUACGGCUAUCAGACAUGAGCAAGCUCAAGCCCCACAUAAUGAAAAGCAGAUGCAAAGAGCACUGCCACCAGGACGAAGACCUGCUAAGCAACAGCGAGACCAACCCCACAAACAACAGCAGCAGCAGCAGCGAUACCAUUACCAUCAGCAGCAGUAACCCCACGGACAACAGCAGCGGCGAUACCAUCAGCAGCAGCAACCCCACGGAUAACAGCAGCGGUGAGAGCAGCAACAUCCACAAAAGAAAGGCGGCAGAUGACGAAAUUUUAACCAAGACAAGCAGACCAAACCACAGUUGUUAG